UGAAACCUGAAAAAACAAUUGUCAUAGAUACGGAUGAAGUUAUUUUGCAUGAAACCAGUACUGAUCAUCGUGAUGGUGACAAUGAUAAACAUUCUUUAGAGUGUAAAGGAUUAAAACUAGAUGCAGAUUCUGAAGACAGCAGUCGUUCAAGCCAAGAACUAGUAUUGUUGGCACAAAAACUAAUCACUGAACAGGGGAUCAGCCCAGUGAUAGAAAGUGAAGCUUUGUCUCCAGAACAAACUGAUACAAAAACACAUGAAUCUCAACCAUUCUCACAGCAACAAACUAAGAUUAUAAAAUCAGAGUCUGUUUCUGCCACAAAUCAGGAAACAUCUGUAUUGCAUGUUUCUGAGGAAAGCCCUUAUGUUCCACAAGAGUUCAAUAGAGUUGAAGAACAAUUACUCUUAGAAAUGAAAAACGAACAACCUGGUACCUUAAAUUUUGAGCAGAACCUCAGGACUGAAGCCAAGCAGGCUAAUGGGAAGCUUACUUCAGAUAGUCCUCUAGUAGAACAUAGUUCCAGUACUGAGAGCCCCCUUGAUGCAGUUCUGGAUAAAUCUAUUUAUACAGAUAAAACAAACACUGAAUCAAUUAAAGGGAUUGCAGAGCUUCAUCCUGACUUAAUCAAAAAAGAAAAUGUGGUCCAAGAUCUACACAAGCUACCUAAAACUAACGAUGUUCAUAGUGAAACAAGUAUUGGUAAAAUAGAAAACAAACUAACUGCUGAAAAAGAAGUUCAAAACAAAUUAGAUUCAUUAACAUUUAAAGAGGGGGUAGAUAAGACACAAAAUAAUUUGGAAGCCAAAUGUGGGGAAGAAGAUAACCCAGGUGUUGACAAGAAAGAUUCAGGUCAAGUUGAAAAACAAUCAGGUAUUAACCAUGUGGAAUUAAAUAGUGAUGAGCCAGAGUAUAGCAAUAGCUUAAGAGACGAAGGGAGUUUAGGGCUACAACCACAUGAUCAUAGUACAAAAUCGACAUUUUCAUUAGAGGGUGAAGAAGAAACAAGCAUAUCCUCAACCCAGACAGCAGAUUCACUCCAAGAAACUAAACACCAGGAUCAGAUACAUACACCAGUCCCCAAGGCUACAAAGGCUUUUAAGGAUCUUAGAAGGAUGAGAAAAUAUAUGACUGCGGAAGAUAUUGAGUAUUUGAUACAUGCAUUUGGAUAUCGGAAGCUUCUAUGGCUCGACUAUUGUCUUGACAAUACAGAGGCAGAACUUUCUAGCCAAAAUGACGAAGACAUUCUUACUUUAAUUUCUGACUUUGAACAUGGUCUCAAACAUUAUCAAAGAAUAAUUUCUGCUGCAAAAAAAUCAAGUGUUCAAGAAAACAUAAAAGGAGACCGUCUUCAUGACAAUAACAUGGCACUUCAAAAACUAGAAGGUCUUCUGUCUACCCUGAAAAGUAGAUACACUGCAAAGACAUCUGUUAGAAUUGAAGACCAAGAUAAAUACAUCUCAGGAUGUACCACAGACACUUGCAUUCAGGCAGAAAAAACUGAAGAGAAGAAUAGUGAUCAAGGUGCUAAAAUAACUGAAGGGACUAAAGAAGACAGUACAUUGAGUUCUGUAAUGGUAAGAAGCAACAAGGGAGAUGAAAAGUCUAUUAGUACAAUUGGACUUCCCAAAGGUAUUAAAGAUACUACAAGAACCAUGCAAACAGAAACAGAAUGGCCUUCAGAGAGUGUUCAAGAAGGAAAAGAUAAAACUUUAAGCAGGAACACAACAUCCCAAAUUAUUUUACAGUUAAAGGAGGACGCAUCUUCACAAAACGACAAAACAGAAGGUGUGUCUGUUGUAGGGAGAGCACUGCAUGCCAUGUUUGAAGCAUCUAGCCUUCUUAGACCUCUCUGGCCACGUGUUCAACAUUUUGCCAAAACGGCUGUGUCAUUGCUUCCAGAGGACAUGAGACCUGGUCCAGACAUGUAUGGAUUACCAUGGGAAGUGGUGAUAGUAACAGCAUUUGUGGGAAUAUUAUCUGCACUUCUCUUUCUUUGUAGAUUCUGGCAAUCAAUUAAAAGCAGAUUAUAUGUUGGAAGGGAGAAAAAACUUGCCACCAAAGUGGCUGAAUUACUUGAAGAAAAAUGCAAAGUUCUUGAAACACUUAGUGAGUGCAAACAGCAAUAUGAAAAACUUGACGCAACCUUGAAAAAUGGUGGCCAUUCAAAACAAACUUCAGAAAAAGAAAAUCUUCAGGUUAUGUCUAUGAAAUUGAAAAACUCUAACUCUGAGUUAAAAGAGGAAAUUGAUCAACUAAAGCAGGAUCUGGAUUCUCAGAGAACUACAAGAGCACAACAAGAUGAACUGCUUGCAGAAAUGCAGAGAUCCUUGAAAAGUUUAGAAGAAGAAGCAUUAGGCCUGAAGUCACAAAUGGAGCAGGCCCAAACUACAUUAAAAAUCUACCAAAUCAACAGUGAACGACUGCAAACAAAUCUACAAGCUGCAAAGGAAGAGAAUUGCCAACUUCAAGAAAGCAAAGCACAGCUUGUGCAAGAAGCUGAAGGAUGGGAUGAACGACUAAAUGAACUCGCUGAACAGAUUAAGAUGUGUGAGGAGUCUCAGAAAGAUAUGGAUAUGGAUUGCUCAAAUAAGGAUGAGCAGAUUAAGACUCUGACAGACUGUCUGCUCAAGAUGAAAGAUUGGGAUUCUGAGCUGGAAGAUGACCAAACGACUCAAACCGAAAAUGGAGAAUACUUAGAUCAUCAGAAAGAACAAAUACAGAAUCUUAUUUAUGCAGUGAAGCUGCAUGCUGGGUUGAAAUCCAUUGAAGAAGAUAAAAACAGGAUUUUCACCAAACUAGCUGAUGAGGAGAAAGCAAAGGAGGAUCUCAAAGAGCGUAUUGAAAAGCUUAAGAAUGAUAAAGACGUGUUGCAUUCUGAAAGUAUGAAGUACACAAGUGAGGCUCAGAAACUACAACAAAAACUCAAGAUUAUGACCGAGAUGUAUCAGGAAAAUGAACUGAAAUUACACAGAAAGCUGACUGUGGAAGAAAAAGAACGCACGCAGAAAGAGGAGAAGCUCACCAAAGCAGAUGAGAAAAUUAUCCUUGCAGCAGAAGAGCUUAGCAGUUACAGACAAAGAGCUAAAGACCUUGAGGAAGAACGAGAAAGGACUAACCAAGCCUACAAAAACCAGAUUGCCUCUCAUGAGAAGAAGGCACAUGAUAACUGGCUGGCAGCACGGGCAGCUGAAAGAGACCUUAAUGAAAUAAAGAGAGAGAACUCGCACCUCAGACAGAGGCUAACUGAUUCACAGUUUAAGCUGGAGAUGGUAGAGAAGGACCCGUACGCUCUUGAUGUUCCAGGAAGACCACAGUUCAGAGGUGAAAGAUCCCCUUUUGGACCUUCACCUUUGGGAAGACCUGCAUCUGAAACAAGGGCCUUCCUUUCUCCACCAACCCUGAUGGAUGGUCCGCCCAGGGUCUCCCCAGCGUUUCCUGGAGUGCCUGGCGGUAGAGCAUCAAGAGGUCCACCAAAUCAUGCAGCUCAUCCAGUUCUUAGUGAAAGUUUGGACCCAAACUGUGACAGGAAUUUCGAUAACUACAGCACUCAUUCUGACAGUGGAUCAUUGUCUCCGACAUGGGAAAGAGAACGAAGGGUUCAUGUACCCCCACCAGGAUACCCCUACCCAGACCCCACCUUUCCUUACCGAAGACCUCCCCCAGAGAGGGGAUACCCCAUGCCUCCCCUGUCAGGAAGAUUAUCAGGACCAGCUGAAAUACGUGGUUACAGCCCUCUUUCAGCAGAUGGAUCGUAUCUUGUAAACAGUUUAGACAAUUCAGGGGCAGCUGGAAAUGAAAACAAGGAUAGUCUCUUGUCUAUGUCUGGAGAUCUGCCUCUUCCCUCUGAUGCUGAGUUAAGGAUGGACCCUGGUUUUGGGCCUCCAGUGAUGCGAGGACCUCUUCUGCCAAUGGAUCCGAGAGGUCACUUUCCUCGUAGGGGCCCAUAUGGGCCUUCAGAGUUUUUCCCCCCGAGAGGGCCAAGUGGUCCCCUACUAUGUAUGCGUGGCCCCCCUCCACCAGGAAUGUUCCCUAGGUUCCCUCCUCCUCAACUGCAUCCUGGAUACCCCCCUGCAAGGUACCCAACAGAAAGUGCAAGUGAACCUCCACUCAGACCAUCUCCUCCCACAAGUGAACAGCCGGGAGAACAUGCAGCACCACCACCACCUCAGGAUAUUAUUUGAAAUAGCUUCCGGACACUAUGUUCAUGUAUUACAUUAUGGAUGUAGUCCACAGUCGGGUGCUAGAUGUGCCACGAUCUCUUUCAUUGUGGAAAUGUCAUAGUACUGAUUUUAAAAUGGUAGUGAGCCUAUAUAGACAUACAAGAGUGAUUUGAUGUGCACCAAGAAAUAUCAAUGUUGGCCCUGUGUGAUUUGGUGUUCAAAAAAAUUCGAGUCACAUAAUGAAUUCUUUGUUCAGUACUCAAACCUGACUUGGAACCUUCUAUAUUGUAGCACAGGGCUGUUUCAUACAGACUUGCUUUGCUGUAAGAAAGAACCACAUGUCUGGCUUCCUGUAAACCCUGCAUACAAUUAAACUAAAGUAUCAUGUACAAGGUUUAUCCACACAGCCGUGGCUUACCUAGCUGACGAGUUCUGAAUAUUGGUACUGGCACAGAAAAGAAAUGUGAAACAAAAUGAUGCAACAACAGUCAGGCGUUUUCAUAUGUCUUUUUUUAUUUUAAUUUUGGAUUUGAUAGUUUAUUUUCCAUGUGAUUUGAACAUAUUUGUAUUUUAUUUUUUUGUCACUGUUCCCCAUGCCUUGUUUUGCAACCGUACCAAAAUCAGCUAGCCAACUAGAUAACCCACAGAAUGAGCAAAUAUACCCAGAGCAACUUGUCAGCUUUGCACAUGUAAUGUUUCAACUCUAUUAAUUAUUGCUAAUUCAUCAUUCUAAUUUUUAAAUCAUUUCAGAUUUUACUGAAUUGUUUGGACUCAGGAUUUUUAAAUGUAUAUAGAGAAUUUGUGUUAAUGUUGUCAAUAGAUGGGCUUUGUAUAAGAGUUCCUGUCAUGCGUCAUUUUAAUAUAGUGUUUUUUUUUUAAUUCUUUCAGUCUACAGGAGUAUAAACUGUUAUUGAGGUGUUCUCAGUUUUACACCUAUUUAAUCUGCAAGUCUUUAAACCGUCCAUGUUACACGCUGCAUUGUAAUUAUGUAUACAGUUGACUGGGAGGAUACUUUUUUAAAUUACAUAAUUGUGUAUUGUAAAAAUAAAGAUUUAUUACAGACUUC